AUGAUUGGGCUCUUGACCAUUGCUGUAGCUGUUGUUCAACUCUACAUUGCCAGUCAACAACGUGAACGCGAUCUUUUCCUUGCUAAUGAAACACGAGUUAAAGAUUUAGAAAUUACUGAAAAGAAUCACCAACAAGCGCUCUUCUUGGCUAAUGAACAGACAAAAGAUACCAUUCUUAAUGAUUAUCUAGAUUUUCUUGCGGGUUUUCUUGAGAAGCAUACAGAUAAAUCAUCUAAUUUGAAUUGGGCAGCAAUAUCGUCAAUCGUUGAAUUUAAAACAUUUGCUGUUCUUGAUCAACUUGAUGGAAAACGAAAAAGCCAUAUUAUUAAAGCUUUAUACAACGCUCGUUUAAUCCAAAGUGAUAAUUGGUUUUUCGUCUCAUUAGCCUACGCAAACUUAACUGAAGUUGAAUUAGGACAUGCUUAA